UAUAAAUCUUUUUCUAGUUUUACAAAAAUAACGAUUUUGUAUAUUUUCAGACAUUUCAAAAUGGAAAAUCAAGUAAAGGUCAAAUCAAGUUAAAAUGGAGGUAGAUGCAAAAGAUCCUGUAGUGAAGGAAGGAGAUAAUGGAGGUGUAGGAUCCUCCAAACUUGAGAGCACUGGAGUCUUUAGCGAGAGCCAUUAUGGAGCAGAUUGCAGUCAUGGCUCCAAUCUCGGUGCCAGCCUUCAUGAAAGUAGGAGCGGCUCCAGUUUGGGCAUGGCUCCCAAAAUAGAAGAUUUUGAGUUGUUAAAACCUAUAAGUAGAGGAGCUUUUGGAAAAGUGUUCUUGUGUCACCGCAGAGACCAACCGAAAAAUAAACUGGCAGUAAAGGUUAUGAAGAAAACUGAAUUGAUCGAGAAGAACCUCGUGAGUCAAGUAAUCGCUGAGCGUAAUGCUCUAGCGAUCACAAAAUCUCCGUUCUGUGUAAACCUGUUCUACUGCCUACAGACAAAUAAUAAUGUUUUCCUGGUGAUGGAGUAUAUGAUAGGAGGAGAUAUGAAAUCUUUACUUGGAGUUUAUGGAUUCUUCGAGGAAAGUAUGGCUGUAUUCUAUAUUGCUGAGGUAAUCCUAGCUUUGCAGUACCUUCACUCAAAAGGAAUAAUACACAGGGAUGUAAAACCAGAUAAUAUGUUAAUCUCUGCUUCUGGUCAUCUCAAACUAACAGACUUCGGGCUUAGUACUGUAGGAUUAGAUAGAGAACUUCAGGUUGCGGAUUUGUUACCUAAAACUCCGUGGGCUUCCAAUAAGUCGAUGAUAAACCGGUUGGUCAGAACUCCAGGUUUAGGUCCAGCUGAUCAAAAUCUUGGUGGCAGCUACACAAUGGAUACAGCUAAUUUGAAUUUUAACGGCAGAGAUUCAAGAUUAGUCGGAAGCGAAGGAUGUGAACCAUGUAAAUCUAUGAAUAUGUCAGUUUCACAGAAGAAAAUAACCAUUACUCCCACAUUAAAGGCCAAGUCCCGGACUCCGAAGGAUAUGCUAAGCUCUGGUUCUAGAGGAAUACUAGAGGAUAUAUCUACCCCUGCUACUCGAGGAACAAGAUUUAUCCGAAAGAAAUCCUUUUAUGAUGAACUGUCGGAGCAUCAUAAAUCAGAGAAAGAAAAUUGCUUAGAGUUAUCAAGUGAGCAACUUCCACCUCUUCCUUCUUCAAGCUUUGAUUUCGGGAAUAAAACGAUUGAUUUCGACGUAGCCGUUAACCCUGGUAAAGACUUGAAUACUUCCGUCCUCAGUAGCUGUUCAUCUAAUGAUGAUGUUUUCAGGGAUAAAGAGAACUAUGUUCCUCGAUCUAUCUCCAACCUAUCCCACUACCCCCAACCCAGGUUUAGCUCCUGUACCUUAGACCAGGAGGAGAUGCUGAGCCCGGAGCAUCGGAGAACUAGUCCUCAAUCCUUGAAACCAUGUUUAACUAGUCCAACCUUCUAUCUUGGAUCCCCGACUGCAAGUCGGAGUUCUAGUCCUAAAUUCUACAGAUCUAGUCUUACUCCUCAUCCCAAUAUAUCCCCCGUAGACAGAACUCAUCCAAACUUUGGAAAAACCUUCCUCACUCCUCCUGAUUCCUCCUCUGGAGCUAGGGCUGGGUUUUCAGAUUCCAAUCCUACCCCCAGAUAUCCUAAUCAUGGAGAAUUAAAAGCCGAGCUUGGUCGAGCAACGCCUCAGCUCCCGCCCAACCUAGUCAGAUCUCAGUCUCAAGCGCGGCAGAACAUGUUGAGUAUUCGAUGCGCAUCCCCGGAGCAAAUGCGUGCUCACGAGUCCUUCGACAGUGAUCUUCACUUGGAGACCCGCCUCUCUUUGUCCCGAGGCUCCCAGGACAGUCCGGAGCGUGUUCAAGGAUCCGAGGAUAGUCCAGACAGGGUUCAGCGUAGCUCAGGGGACUUCACAUCACCCCAGAGAUUGGAAAUGAGUCCGGCCCCCUCGGAGCCCCAGAGACUGGAAAUGAGCCCAGCAUCUGUUUCCUCAGGUCUAGAGUUAAGUGAGCUGGAUAGAUCAAGUUCUGUCCUGGAUCACAUGGACCUGUCCAUGUCUCCUGCUAGACUUGAACUAGGAUUACACGGGAGCGAUAUCCUAGAAGAUGAGAGUAGGGAGCCUAUCGAACCCUGUACUCUGCAAAGGUUUAAGUCUCCGAUUGCUCCGACCCGAAAAAGAAUCCGAUCUGGGGAUUCUCACACGGGGCUAACUCAGGAUAUAACGGAUAUUCUCCGGCUUCGGAAACGAUCCUGUCCUAAUCUAAUGAUUCAAGGAAAAGAUAACUAUUCACAGCUUGCGCACGCUCAAAGCUCAGGGUUUCUUGGGGCUCAGAGAAUUCAAGAUCACAGCAAUGAGUUCAACUCCACGGAGAGAACGGAGACUAAACUAGCGAACCUUCAAACUAAAAUGGACAGAUUAGAGAGAAUUUCGGAGUCUGAAUCUAAUAUUCGAUCCAUGUCAGGGAAUGAGCCUAUUUCAGGGAGUGAAAGUGGAUCCAAGUCAGGGAGUAAAUCCAUGUCAGGAAGCGAAAGCGGAUCCAACUCAGGGAGUAAAUCCAUGUCAGGGAGUGAAAGUGGAUCCAAGUCAGGGAGUAAAUCCAUUCCAGGGAGUGAAUGUGUCCGAGAUCAAACAUUAUCCACCUGCAGUGAGUCAAGUGAUGGGUCAGGAGGGAGCGAAAAGCAGGAGCACGGUAAACCUGAAUAUCAGAAUUCAACUCCUCUCUCUGCAGUUCCCGUCCAUAUAAAACAUCUGAAAGGGAUGAAAGCUGUCAAGUUCCUGACUCCGGCAGGGGUUACACCUGUUCCUUCACCACAACAAAUAGAGAAACCUAGCAUGAGCACUCCAAUGAGUCUAUCCGAUCUAGAUCAUCUCUCCUGCAUUAAAAGCCCGUUGCAUAACUCCCCAAUCCAGCUCCACUACUCCCCACAACCCCCAACAACUCCUCGUAUGCCCCCUCAGACUCCCCUGCGGACUCCUAAGAGUGUAGUACGUAAAGUUGGAGUUCAAAGUGAUGCUCGGAUUCUGGGUACUCCAGAUUAUCUAGCCCCAGAACUCCUACUUAGACAAGGACAUGACUCUAGUGUAGACUGGUGGGCUGUGGGUGUAUGUCUGUAUGAGUUUAUGACCGGUAUACCUCCCUUCAACGACUCCAGUAUCAAGCUGGUGUUCGAAAACAUACUCAACCUCAACAUUGAGUGGCCGGAGGGGGAAGAGGCCUUGUCGGACAAUGCUGUGGAGGCCAUCCUCGCCUUCCUUACCCUGGACCCGGAGAAAAGGGCGAAUGGGAAGACAAUCAGGGAAUAUGGUUUAAUGAAGGGUAUGGACUGGGACCAUAUACUGGACCAAACUGCUCCAUUUGUACCUCAGCCUGAUGAUGCUUGUGAUACUACAUACUUUGAUACCAGGAAUAAUAUGCAGGGUUUAAAAGUUUCUACAGUGGACCUAUGAUGAAAACAAAUCAAAACUUCUUAACAAGAAUUCUUCCCGUAGUUAGAUUAUAAUCUUGUAAUAAACUUGUAAUAAUUAGUAUUUUUAUCAGGGUUUCCUUAUUUUCAUUUUUAUUUUAGGUGGUUUUUUCAGUGUGAAAAUUAAGUGUCAUCGUUUUUUUUCCAAAUGUGACAAUAUUUAAAUAAUGAGCAAAUAGUACACACAAUUGAUGAAAUUUAAAAAGGAAUCAUGAACGUUCCUGGAAUUGACUCAAACAAUGGUAAAAUUGUUUACACAAUUGAUGAAAUUUCUUUAUGUUUAUAAAAACUUCUUGCGAUUUUACCUGUUCAAGAUUAUUACAUAACUUGAGAUAAUGAUUAGACACUACACACUACAGUAUCAUGGUACAGUUGAACCCAUAAACCUGUGAAAUAGGAAGACGACAUUUAACAAUAUUUUUCUUAUUUUUGUAAAUAUUAUUAAAAUCAACUUAUUAAGUGAAAUGGUUCUGUGUAUACUGCUCAAUUACUGUGUUUAAUGUUCAUUCUACUGCUUCAAAUCACUACUUAUCUCAUCAUGCUAUUCCAUGGUUGUAUCGGUCUCACUUCAGUUUAUUAAUGAAUAAUGAUUUCGUAAUACGUGCCAAAAUUUUAGAUGUCUUAACCUUAUGUACCUUAUUUAUAAAUAAAAUAUAUUUUUUUCUCACAAUUUCAA